GCCCCAUGGAUCUUCCAUCCAGAGAGGAGCUGGGUGGAAGGAACCCAUUUUUUGAGCAAAGUCAAUGCAUUUGCCAUGCACACUUGGCUUGUUGGCAUCUUUGGGGGGCGAGGGAGGUUGAAAGCAGCUGGUUGAAGGCACCAGAAGGAGGGCCGGCGUGGGUGAAAUGAGGCUCACGGGGACCGUGACGCAUGCCAUGCUCCAGCAGUGGAUGGAUAAUGAUGAUGCGAUGAUGAGGAGUGUUUGCAUUUUUGCAGCAAGCUGGCAUGAAAUCCUGCCUUGUCUUAGCUGCGAUCAGAAAGCCUUUCCACUCUUCUCCUUUGCGUGACUUUUCUCAGCUCAUCUCCGCCGAAGGCGAAGGAGGCGAAAGGACAGAUGCUCUGAAAUAGACUUGGCCAAAAAGGGAUGUUUUGCAAGUAGCUGGAUUGCUCCUAGGUGCCAUUUUUGUCGUUCCUUUCCAAAUGGCUUCCAGGUUUCUCCAGUAGGCAAAUUCUGAACCUAAACCUGCAGUCCAUGGUGUUUGUCCCACACAUUUCCUUGCAUCAUGGAGGCCGUUGACGUCCCAGUGGGGAACCUCAUUGACUUUGACUCUGAGCCUUCCACCACCACCACCACCUCCGAAUCCCUCCCUACUGCCUCCCCAGCCACCAACGGCAGUGGAUUGCUGGAGCACCUGAAGGACAAUGUAGCCACCGUAGCCGAGGAGAGUGAUGCCACAGAAUCGGCGGACAGCGAGAAUGACACGACGGACUCGCCCACCCAUCACAGUUGGAAUAACCACCGCCGCUCUUCCUCGGAGUCCUACUCCUCCAACCAGAGCACCGAGUCUGCCAAGGAUGAGGCCACAAUGGAACAGCGGGAGUUCAUUCGGCAAUAUGUGGAGAAGCUCUUUACAAGCGGAGAGGAGUUUGACCAAGAAGAAAAGUCCAAGUUCGGGGAGCUGUGCAGCGGGGAGAACUCCAAAGGCAGAGAGUGGUUUGCCAGAUACGUGAGUGCCCAGCGCUGCAAUUCCAAAUGUGUCUCGGAGCAGACUUUCUAUCGUCUGGUGCAGUCCUUCGCUGUAGUGCUCUUUGAGUGUUAUCAAAUGGACGACUUCAGCCCUGCUAAGAACCUGAUGACCAUGUGCUUUACUUACUACUACAUCGGUAAGCCCCAAGCUUUGCCUCCCGAAUCCAAGGAGAAGGCCACCGGCAGCAUCGAUUCUUAUCUGAAGUCAGCAAACAGUUGGUUGGCAGAGAAGAAGGACAUUGCGGAACGGCUCCUGAAAAACACAUCCUCCAAGACCGAGAACGUGAAGGGCUUUUUCGGGAGCUUUGAAAGCAAGCUGAAAGGACCCGUGACCAAGAAAAAUGAAGAUGACGAAGAAAAACCAAGGGAGAAGAUCCAGAAAUCAGUUUCCCUCUACAGUCCUGAGGAAGAGGAAGAGAAAACAGGGGAGAAGAUUUACUUGUACAUGCAUCUGAAACAGCAGCCCAUCUGGCACACCUUGAGGUUUUGGAACGCAGCGUUCUUUGAUGCCGUCCAUUGCGAGAGGCGGAAACGGUCUCCCACCACCAGAGGGAAUGCUGGAGAGGAAGAGGAAACGAGGGAGAAGUGGUGCCACAUGACUCAAGAAGAGCGGGACGAUAGUCUGCGGUUUAAUGAAAAUAUCACCUUUGGUCAGUUGGGGACUUUCACUCACAACAUGCUGGCUUUUGGGUUGAACAAAAAGCUGUGCAAUGACUUCUUGAAGAAGCAGGCGGUGAUCGGCAACCUGGACGAAGAGCAGUACAAGCUCCUCAGUGAUCACAUUGAACAAAUGGCUGCCGAAUAGCGCCCUGACUUGCCUUCUGUUGCCGCAGCUGGGAAUAGAGAGCAAAGACGCCGGUAGGGGUGAAACGUGGCCAUCUCCAAGAUACGACCCGAAGCUUGCAACAGGCUUUCAAACAAAGAACAACAAAGCCAAAUGGACAUUGCUCUAAAAACCUGCAUGACCGUCAUCAAAACCAUGUAGCGCUGCGCCACUCAGCCCAUAGACGUAGGAGCACGGCGAUUCUAAGAUGUCCACUUUUCGCCGCCGCCGCCUCCUUCCCCGAGGCCUUGUUGCAUGAGCUGACUGAACUUGGUGGAGUUGGCCAGAAGGUCCAUGUAUGGAGCAGAGUCAGAUACGGUGGGGAGAGACAAGUAUAUAUAGUCACGGAGGAGGAGGAGAAGAGCUGAGAUUUGGAUGGGCCUCACCUUUCUCCCUUGAUUCUCUGAGCAUUGCUGCUGAAUAUUGUCUAUGUGUGUGUGAAUUCUUUUUAAAGCAGGAGAUGUCUGCAAAGUGUAAAAAACAAGUAGAACUGUGUACAAAAGAGAUGCAAGAGGGGAGAGAAGGGGGGAGAUGGUUGCUUUUGAUUGAUUUGGAAAGCUAUUGAUUCUGGAGAAAGCCAGUGUUUCUGUAGACCAGAAGGCUGAUCAUGUUGGUGGUGACUGGCAUACCGGCAUACACAUGCCAGUGGGAUCUGUCUGUCUGUCUAUCCAGCCAACUAUCCGUCCUCCCGUCCGUCCGUCCAUCCAUCCAUUUAUCCAUCCAUUUAUCCAUCCAUCCAUCCAACCAUCCAUCCUCCCCUUCCUUCCUUCCUUCCUUCCUUCCUUCCUUCCUUCCUUCCUUCCUCUUAUGUAUAUAUUUCAGAGGUAGUCAAGGAAAGUGGUAUCUUUUGAGUUUGGAAGAUGCCAUGGCUGGCAAACAUGCAAGGUUCCUGCAUACAGAAUAAGUCCCUAGAGUUUGCAAACACUGAAGAGUAUAAUGCCAUAAUGGUUCUCAUUGCCUUCUUGUUUGUAGUUGAGCCUGAGUAAGCCAUCGCCUUGAAAGAGUUUUGAGAAGGGGGUGCCAACCUUAUUUUAAGUGGUCUUUCAGAAAGAAUACUCUGGAGAGGAAGGAUCUUGGCAUACCCAACAACAGUGACAACCUGCCUUCGCCAAGGUGGUGCCAAUCCAUAAAGAUGUAUUUUUUUCUCUGCUUUGCGGCAGAACUUCUCAGUGGCCAAAGUGAAAUUUUCAAGAAAUUACACUGCUGCCAUUUCUUUUUUUUUCCUUCUCUCUCUUUCUAUAUAUAUAUAAAUAAAAGAUUGUUGUAGCAUUGAAUCUCCUCAGUGGUAAAUCUCAGAGCACUCCCCGGCUUGUCGGUUUGAGAAGAUUACUGUGUGCCAUCUGUCACAGUCUAUUUUGUGACAAUCUUAAGCUCUGUUUGCGUGACCACUUUAGGUGUGUUUGGUGCGUUUUCAACACUACUUGAUGUUUUCAGGUAAUUUUGACAGGCAGAAUGACAUUAAGGGUUGCGAAGCCUUCACCUCCUAGCUAAUUUUCUGGACCGCAACUCUCAUAACUCCAGAUUCUGGGAGUUAUAGUAAAGAAAAAGUAUUAUUUCAAAGCUCUGCUUCUACCAUUGCAAACUUGGCACACACAUUUCCAAUUGCUCCAACUCUGGUUUGUGGUGGCAAGCCAGCCUGGCAGGAGGAAAGCCAUGCAAACAUGCCCUUAAAACUAUCAUAACAGGAGACAAAGGUGUCCUGAAUUGCAGGAAUCCUGAACGCUGUGUUGGUCCCAAUUGGUUCUAGGUUGCCUUGAAGGAAGUUAUGGUAGGAUUGCGUGGUGUGUUUUUCAGUCAAUGCAAUGCGCCUUCAGUCUCAGGGGUCUUCCAGAAGGGUUUAUAAAGAAGUAUAAAUUCUUGAUUCUCAUAUUGUCACCCCGUCUCCAUUGAUUUCUUUCCAUACCACACCAAACAGAAUCCUAAUAUUUUUUUGCACUAAUAAAACUCAUAAAUCAUAAUUCCCAUAAUAUCACUGAAUGUAAUGGCAAAAGAGUUGUGAUGUAAACAACUAGCAAAACUAAAUCCAGUAACACCAAAAAUCCACCAAACAGUGAUCCCUUUAUUGUGCCAACCAAAAUGCACAAUAUGCGUGUUGUUCAAAGCUCCAUUGGCUUCUUCUUCAUCUUGCAAAGAUGUUAAAAACCAUACAGGAGGAAGAUGGUAGUCAUAGGCUUCAUUUGGCGGUUGAAGAAGCCAGUGGUGCUUCGAAAGCUUGCAACAUGUAUAUUGCACAUUUUGAUUUGGCGCAAUAAACGUAUCACUGUUUGGUGGACUUUGGAUGUUAUCGGAUUUGCUAUAUGGGCAACACAGUUACCCCUGGAUGCUUUUUUAAAAGCAAAACUAAAGUUAUACCUUUCAAUUGCAGUAUCACUUGCACAGCCUAAAUGUAUUUAUAGUUACAGUAUUUACGGUUCCAUUGGUUAAAGUGAACAUUUGGUAAGAAGUGGACCUUUUUAACAAGCAAAUCCUAAGGCCUCUCCUUUCUCUGUGCCCCAUUCAGACCAUCAGUUUUGCUGAGUUCCAGGGUUUUAAGCCAUUUUGCUUUACACUUUCCCAAAUGAUGCCCUUGCAUCCAUUUAUUCCAUUCUCUGGGGGGCUUUUUGCAACAGUGUUUUGGAUCAACGCUUGGAGCACCUCUAAAGCUUUUGUGUUUUAAACCUGGUCACUUGCUAUGAGCUGUUUCUGUGGUUUGCAGAGGAAAUGCUCACUUUUCUCUAUUUUCAGUUUUUCUUCUUAGAAUUAUUAUAAUGUCAUUUCACUGAGCACUAUAACUCCUUUCUAAAAAUCACAAAGAGAGGAGGAGGAGAAAAGUGAACAUAAUAUUUACGCAUGUCUGAGAAUUUAAAAAGAAAUUCUGUCCCAGGGAUUAGAAGCAUCUUUUGGAUGUUAAACAACCACCGCUGCCAAAAACGACACCGACAAAUAUUGUAACCUUCAGCAACUUUAAAAUCUUUAAUCCCAUGAUGGUUUUGUUUUUGUAUCCCUGAAAUUCCCAUCUUGGCCAAUAGAGAGUAUCAGAAGAACCAUUUUUUAAGGGAAACAGUACAUUGCAAAGCUGCUUCUAUUGUUGCUGCUGUUAUUUUCCUGGCUUUCAAUCAUGAGACUCAGGUUUUUCUCUGUAAGUACAUCACAAACUUGGUUCCUGCUUCUGUUGAUCAGAUGGAGAAAACUGUCUGCGUUUCGUGGGGCGUCUGGUGACUCCAAUAUCUGUAGAUAGGUAGGAUUGCAUUUCUUGCAUGAUGUUUAUCCCUCCACUUUGCACUUGGUGAAAAGGUGGUGCAAACCUCCCACUGUGGGUUGACACUUUCUUGGUGCACACUUUCAAGAAGUGUGGAAAGAGUUUGUCAUGUAGGGUCAACUUAUUUUGGUUCAUACCACCACAUCCACACUACAGAAUUAAAGCAGUUUGACACCACUUUAACUGCCAUGACUCUUUCCUACAGGAUCCGGGGACCAGAACUCUUUGACAGCGUGCAUUUCUUGUGUGCCUUCAUGUUUU